GCACCGCUCCGACCGGUGGGUGGUGUGUCUCUCUAUAAGUGGCACUUAUAGCCCCCUCCUCUGUGCCCAGCUCCUUUUGCGUGAGCCUCUUGGUUUGCGUCGCCUAGCUCGUGUUCUAUCCCCGAUAUCCUCUACUCUAGCCUCCUCGCCCAUGGCCGAUUCCUCUUCCUCUUCCGAGGAGGAUGAACAAGUUCCUUUAUGGCCACCAUGGCUCGUUGGAGCUGGAAGGAAGCCUGUAUGGCCUUCAUGAUCAGGGCCUUGUCUUCUGACUGCUCUUGGUUCAGUAUAUGCGAUGCACCGAUGCAUCCAUCCCCUUUGGUGCAUCCUAUGGUGUUCUUUGAUUUAUUUCGUGCUGUCUACUCAUGAAGCUUUCACUGAAGACGCCCCACCGUCCAUCCGAGACACCGUGUAAUCUUGGCCGUUGAUCCAUCCCCCACCAGACCGGAUCGAGAUCUAGGCAGAAGGCGAGUCGCCCCCCUCACCCUUCCUCGCCCUCGUCUCCGCCCCAACCUCCCCACGAGAAACCCUCGCCGCCGCCGACCCCGACGCCCCGCCUCACCGGCUCCACCUCGCCGCCGUCCAGGUGACGAUGCUCCACAUGGACCAGAACGCCCCUGCCGCUUUCUUCAUUGGACCGGAUGGGGUUGAGAUCGAUCACCUCAACCCGGCAACCAACAUGAGGACGGCCCGUGCAGUACUCCCCGAUGGGCAGGUGCUCAACAUCCGCGACCCGGAGCUCUGGGCUGUUUUUGACCAGUUCUUUGAUCCAGCCAUUCAUGACAACAUUUUUGCGCGCAGCAGGACCCACAUCCACCCUGCCCUUCGUAAUUAUGAUGUCAUUGCCUACCCUGCUGGGAUGGUCCCGCGGGUCGCUUCCUUUGUUGAUCCCAAAGGUAAUCGUCUCGCGCACGAUUCCCAUCCCCAGUCAGAUUCCAGGUUGCACCUACCAGAUGGGAGGUUUGUUCACGUCUGUGAUCCAUACAUAUGGGUCAUCUUUGAUGAGCACCUAAGCCCGAAUCUGCGUUCAAUCAUUCAGGGGUUUCAGCAUGUCCAAUACCGUGGCCCCCCUAUCUCGCUCAACAGUGCACGAGCCCAUGCCCCCGUCGCAUAUCCAAAGCAUGAAAAUACAAACACUUGGAUUGAUGUUCGUCCACGCCGCCGCGGCCGGGCUGCUAAUGUGGUGGGCAAUGGUUUGGGACAGGCUGGCGGGGCUGCUUAGUCUUCUGCCCAACACUGAAAAGAGGCUGACCACAGGGGGAAGUGCCGCCGUUCAGAAGACAGAGUUGUGAGGCAAGAAUGGAGUUACCGUCAGUUUUCGCGUCGUUACAAUAAAAUUACGUAUACAGGUCUCAGUUUUGGCGACAUGUAAAAUAUGAAUGCACUUCAGCCUUUACUAGGUUAAACCUGACCUGUAGUGCGUAGUACACUAUCAUAAUUCUGCACAAAUGGUGGUUACGUUGAUGUUUUGGAGAUUCUUAGAGCUAUUGGCAUUUUGGUUGGUAGAUUCUGAUGCAAAUGAUAUCCAAAGAAUCUUGGUCUCGGCA